CGCCAAAUCACCGCACAUGGCUGACUCUCUUACUGAGGAGCAAGUCUCCGAGUUCAAGGAGGCAUUCUCCCUCUUCGACAAGGAUGGUGAUGGUCAGAUCACCACCAAGGAGCUUGGCACCGUCAUGCGCUCGCUCGGCCAGAACCCCAGCGAGUCUGAGCUGCAGGACAUGAUCAAUGAGGUUGACGCCGACAACAACGGCACCAUCGACUUCCCUGAAUUCCUUACUAUGAUGGCCCGCAAGAUGAAGGACACCGACUCUGAGGAGGAGAUUCGGGAAGCAUUCAAGGUCUUCGACCGCGACAACAACGGUUUCAUCUCCGCUGCUGAGCUGCGUCACGUCAUGACCUCCAUUGGCGAGAAGCUCACCGAUGAUGAAGUCGAUGAGAUGAUCAGGGAAGCUGACCAGGACGGUGAUGGUCGCAUUGACUACAACGAGUUCGUCCAGCUCAUGAUGCAGAAAUAAGCGGUGGGAACGCAUGUCUGAACGAUUACGUAUACCACGAUGGUGUCACGGCCGAGAUCUGAUUGCAACAAGUAAUUGAGCGGGUUGCACAUUUUGGGGCCAAAUCGGUUGCUCGCAAGACCCAGUUUGCUUACUCCUUGCCAACGUCUCCGGGAGACGACUCUAUAUCCUCAAUCCAUUUCUCCUGUGCCCCGACUCUCUGCCACCCUCAGAACAAAAAGUAAAAUUUGGACUGAAUCAUGUGCGACGCGUAUGCAUGUUGAAGAUCGACCUGACGUCCGUGUAAUUGGCACAGAGACC